AUGGCCUGUGAAUUUAAUCUGAACUUCCUUAAGGAAUUAGAACGAGAGGCUGUUCUGGAAGUCCUAUACCGUGACCAGAUGGUGAGGAAAACGGAGGAGGAAAGAAUAAGGAGAAUGAAGCAGCAGCUGCAGCAGCUUCGGUGGAAGGGGGCGAAGAGCACAAGGCAUGAGUACCAGGAGAGGUGCUGUGCUCGCUGCCAGAAGUCUCUGGGGCUGCUGGUGAACAGAGGCGCCGUGUGCAACGGCUGCAGCCACCGCGUGUGCUCCGAGUGCCGCGUCUGCCUGAGCCCCUGCCUCUGGAAAUGCACCGUUUGCUAUGCUCAUGGAGAUGUGAAAGUGAAGGCUGGUGAAUGGUUCUUUGAGGAACGAGCAAAGAAAUAUCCAGGUGAAGGCAGACAUGAAACAGUUGGUGCAAAGCUCUUGGAAUCUUACCAGAAUCUGAGUAAAAUUUCUGUUGUACCUCCAACUCCACCUCCUUUCACAGAAUCACCAGCAGGAACCAACGUGGUGGGUAAUGAACUUGGAGAGUCUAAAAGGUUUAAUAAAUCUGUGGAAAACUUGUUUUUGUCUCUCACAACACAUAUAAAAAAAAUAUCAAAGUCCCAGAAUGAUAUGGCUGACAGAUGUGUCCUAACCGCAGAUUAUGGGAAGAAUGUGGAAAGAAGAAAGCAAAGAAGGAGCCAGUCUGACACUGCAAUCAACGUUACAAGCAGGAUGAAAAGUACACCCAGUCUGCAACAGCUCAUCACUGGGGCCCACGAUGACAGUGAAACUCAUAGCAAAAGUAGUUGCAAGGAAGAAGACAUAAUAACCAGUCCCACGAGUGAUACAGUUUUCUGUGAUGGCAAAAAACAUGGGAGCUUGUAUAGUCUUAGCAGCACUUGCACUGAGUCUGGCAAUUUUGGCAAGGCUAACAUCACAGGAGAAAUAGAGUUUGCCUUAAAAUACAACUUCAAAGCUUGCAUCUUGGAAAUCUACAUCAAGGGAUGCAAGAACCUGGCUUAUGGAGAGGAGAAGAGGAAAAAGUGUAACCCGUAUGUGAAGGUUUAUUUACUUCCUGAUAAAUCUCCUUGGAGUAAGAGGAAGACAGCUGUCAAAAAGAGCACAGUGGAUCCAGAGUUUGAUGAAACUUUGAAGUACAAGAUUGAGCACUCCCAGCUGAGAAGUCGGCAGCUUCAGAUCUCUGUGUGGCAUGCAGGAGCUCUCAAAUACAGGGUGUUUUUGGGGGAAGUGGUGAUUCCUCUGGCAGCAUGGAAUUUUGAGGAGGACUCGAUGCAGUUUGACUGGUAUCCACUCAAACCCAAGCUUGAGAAGCCUGAAGAUCUUGUCCAGUACAGUGCUGAACUCCUUGUGUCUGCAAGGCUGUCGGUACCAGCCCAGUAUCAGAACCUCCAGUCUGAAGGAAACAAAGACCAAGGAGUUCUCAACUGCCAGCUUCAGGUUAUGAUAUUUGGGGCCAAGAACUUGCCCGUGCUGAGAUCUGCUGGAAUGCUGAACUCCUUUGUUAAAGGUUGUCUUAUCCUUCCAGACCAAGCAGAGGUAAAGCAAAAGUCUCCUGUCCUGAAGAAAGAAGCCUGUCCACAGUGGAAACACUUGUUUGUCUUUGAUGGUGUCACCCCAGCUCAGCUACAGCAAUCAUGUCUACACCUGACUGUCUGGCACAAGUCAAUCUUCAGCUCAAAUGAUCAGUUCCUAGGAGGAGCCAAGCUUGGUGCAAAGGAAUUCUUUGGCUCUAUGGACCUUGCUUCUCAGGGAGUGCUCCAAUGGCAGGAAGUGCUGCACAACCCAAACACAUGGAUGGACUUAACACUUGUACUGCAUUCAAAUAAGGAAAACUUUAAAUCAUGA